CAGGGCGCGGCCUCUCCGUUUCGACGUAUUCGUCCCCUUUCGGCGUAUCCGAAGAGAGAUCUCGCGCUAGAGAGGGCGUUUUACGAGAACUAAGGACUGCGAUGGAGAGCUAGAGGCGGCGCUCCUGGAGGAUUACCGGGUCUGAUUUCUGUUCCUCUCACGCCUCAAUCCUUUUUUUCCCCUCCGUAAAUCUUGUGGAAUAUUGAAGACAUCGGUCCUUCUGUGCUCAAAAUCGAAUCUUUGUUCUUGUGGCAUCGGGUUGGAAGCUUGGCGACGGUGAAAAAUUGUUUCGUGUUCUUGGCGGGAUUAGAUUGGUCGAUCCUGGAUGCAACUGGUCGAUCUCUUUAUUUUGAAGUCGAUUUGAUCCUCUUGGAAUACUAGUUGAUUCUUUGGUAGGUGGAUACUUUUUAUUUUGUUGCCGCUGUAGUGCGACGAUGAGCAAGAGUUUUAGCAGGAGCGUUUCGGCUCGGCUGACGCCUAGGAGUGUCAGCAGCCCUAGGGUUUUGGCUCAACGGAAAUGGUGGGCAGCGCAAGGACCAUCCUUUGGCAAUCUGGCUGUGAUCUUCUGUUUGGUCUCGGUGAUACUGGUUGCUGGAUGUAUGUUGUAUCUCUAUGCUUUUCGAUACUUCGGUCGUGGAAGAUUGAUCUCGGGCUUCUUUGAUGAAUCUGAUGUCUGCAAUGUAUUUGAUGGUAGCUGGGUUCCUGAUGAUUCUUAUUAUCCGUUUUAUAAUAGCACAGAAUGUCCAUUUGCUGAAAGGGGGUUUAAUUGCUUUGCAAAUGGGAGAAAGGAUAUGAACUAUCUUAAAUGGAGAUGGCAACCUCGACAUUGCGACAUCCCUAAAUUUGAUGCACGUGAAAUCUUGGAAAGACUCAGAGGGAAGCGAGUCGUCUUUGUAGGAGACUCAAUGAGUCGUACUCAGUGGGAGUCUCUCGUCUGCAUGCUUAUGACUGGUGUGCAGGAUCCCAAUACUGUUUAUGAAGUAAAUGGAAAUAAGAUCUCAAAAACAAUUCGAUUCUUGGGGGUUAAGUUCCAAACAUUUAACUUAACUGUGGAAUUCUAUCGAUCGGUGUUUCUAGUGCAGCAGGGUUUGGCACCAAAGCAUGGACCAAGGAGGGUUCGCUUGACACUCAAGCUAGACAAGAUGGAUGAUAUUAAUCAUAGGUGGAUUGAUUCAGAUGUUUUGAUCUUCAAUUCUGGCCAUUGGUGGACACCAACUAAACUCUUUGAUGUGGGUUGCUAUUUCCAAAAUGGAGGAGUAUUGAAGCUUGGCAUGUCUAUCAAUUCUGCUUUCAGAACAGCCUUAGAUACUUGGGCAACAUGGAUUGAGACAAUGGUUAACACAAACAGAACUCAUGUCUUCUUCCGAACUUUUGAGCCGUCCCAUUGGAGUGGUUUAAACCAAAAGGACUGUGAGGUGACGCAGCAGCCUCUUUCCGUGGCUAAAUCUGACGACAGGAGUGAGUUUGCUGAUAUAAUAGCUAAGGUAGUUGGAAACAUGACAGUUCCUGUUACUGCCCUCAACGUAACAUUGAUGGGUGCCUUCAGGAGUGAUGCACAUAUCGGCACUUGGAGCCACCCUUCUUCUAUUCUUGAUUGCAGCCACUGGUGCCUUCCUGGAGUCCCUGAUGCUUGGAAUGAACUUGUCUUCUUUCAUCUGCUAACAAAUAGGCGGAAAAAAUUAGGUAGAUGACAUGGAAGGAUAGCGAACUUUUCUAUUUCACAAACUACAUAGAUUCUUUCUGGUUCCACCUGGCUGGAGCUGCAUAAUUAACUCUCAAUAUGAGGUGUCAGAGCUUGUUAGAGGAAGCCAAUUCACAGCCAUGCCUUAGAAAUGCAUGUUGUCUUUUAGUUUGUUGAGUUCGGAUUAACUCCCAGGGGUUAGGAACUUAUCCAUCCCUUCCUCUCUUUGUUUUUUUCUCAAAGAGUUAGACCCCUGUACCCAAGCAAAUGUAUCUACCUAACACAUCAACGUUUUGAAAAAUGAAGAUAUCAAUUUCGUUUUUUUUCUUUCCCUAAAGAUUUUAUGUUGGUAGAUUGCUGGUAAUAUAGAAUCUACCGUUGUUUCCAAAAACUUUAUUGAGAGGAAAAUGAGCCUAAUCAUUGGAUCGACCUUUUUAAGUUAUUGGCUAGUAGUUUAUUUCAUCAUUUUGUUUAGUGCACAGGGUCAUGGUGGGUCAUUUGUGAGAGGUGAGCAUGUCGAGACUUUUCAAGAUGCAAGAAAUCAAAUCAUGAUUUAGAAAAAACAGGCGGUCACAUUGAGUAUUUCCUUCGAAUUGUCUGUUACUAAAUCUCCAGCGAGUGAUGACA